CUCAGCUUCAAUCACUUUUUGCACCAUCAGCCAGUCAUCAAACACAGCAGCGUAAUGACCCCACUGAGAAAACCUUGACGCCUGUACACGAAGUGGUCUGUGUUGUUCAGAUGGCACUGACCAUCACUUGCCAUCCCCCACUGGGCGCCAUCCACAUUCUCGAGCCUAACCUCUCGCUCGUCUGUCUCAAAGCACAGCCACAAGGCUCGGUUCGAUGACUAAUAUCGUCUCAAACUAGGUUCAAUUCGUUGUUGGAGUCCCUCCCACCGUUAGCGACGUUAGGAUCUGGCACAAUUGCACGACGACUGGCGAAUGGUCUGAAUUAGGCCUCACCGAAUCCACGACCUUGCCUCGACUUGAAAAUCUCCACGACCGCAAGUAUUUCACAGGCGCAGUCCUGACCCUUACUGAGGCAUCCGCGUGGAUAGGCCUCUUCAAAUUCACGGUCAAGCUUCGGGUCAGUAAAGAUGCACCAUGGCUCUGGAUCAAGGACAUUGAUGGGAGUGAAGACGGUGAAGUCGUGCUUCCUGCUACUCACAUCCCAAGUACCAAUUUGUCAAGUUACCUGGACGAUAUCAGUAGAGAUAUCGUGGUAACCCCAAGACAAACCGUCACCAGCGCGGCAACGCAAACCGUGUGGGAAUUAAAAGCCAGUACACCAGCUGCUCAGGGCCAAACCUGCGGUCGUGCAUUUUACCCUCUAGGCAAAGCAAUCGAUUGCAUUCGGUGGCUUGGUAUUGUUCGCCACAACGAUGCUUGGUUUGGGCCGCGGCAUGGCCGAGAGGUUUUUUUACUCAACGAGGGAGCUGUAAUGCUUUCGUUUCUGAGGCGGGAUGGGCUGCACGUCGUCAUCAUAGCCAUCAGCGGGAUCGACAAUCUGUUGACCACGCUUGUUUCAAACGAGAAUGGACAGAUUCUGAUUUCGUCAAGGAACGAUGGACCUGAUCCAGCUCAAGCCCGUGUGUUAGUUGCUGUUGACAAGACAUGCGAGAAAGCCAUUGCUGCUGCUAUGAGGCCAGUCAGGGAAUUUGUUCGGGGCCAUAGGAGCAGCACUUUCGCUAUGGGCCUACGAAAUGCAGGCUCAGCCAGCGUUGGCGAAACAACAAGACUUCAAGCAUGGUAUGACGGCUUUGCUUACUGCACCUGGAACGGGCUAGGACAAUAUCUCUCGCCAAGCAAGAUUCUCGAUGCGCUCACCAGCUUGGACAAGAAGGGAGUCAAGCUCACAACUCUUAUCAUAGAUGACAACUGGCAGUCUGUUCAGCUUGAGCCUGGAAAAUCUGACUUUUACAGGCAGUGGUCCGACUUUGAGGCAAACAAGGAGCAUUUUCCUGGUGGCUUGAAGAGUCUCAUUACAGCUAUCAGAUCAGCGUCUCCCUAUAUUCAGUUCAUUGCCGUUUGGCAUGGUAUUUUUGGUCAUUGGGGAGGCAUGGCACCUAGUGGAAAAAUAGCCAAGGUCUACGCAAUGAGAACGUUCAAAAGGCGUGAAGGAAUCUUUCUGGGCGGUGGGGAUAUGACGACAGUCGAUAGGAGCGAUGCUGAGCGGCUGUUUGAUGAUUUUUACAGGUUUCUGUCUGACGCAGGUGUGGACGCAGUCAAAGUCGACACGCAAAGUUUCCUGGACUACGCAGACCAUGCCGACGACAGGCUCGUCUUGAUCACAGCGUACCAGGACGCAUGGAGGCUGGCAUCCCUCAAAUACUUUGGUGGUAGGGCCAUCGCUUGUAUGGCCCAGAUACCACAAACGAUGUACUACUCGUUCCUGCGAGAAGACCUUCCCAAGCCGAUGGUGAGGACAUCUGACGACUUCUUCCCGGAUGACCCAAAGCAGCAUUUUGACGUCCUCCCAGACUGGGACAUGUUCCAAACCCGCCAUCAAUACUCCCGCUUCCACGCCACAGCACGAUGUGUUUCCGGUGGUCCAAUUUAUAUCACUGACACGCCGGGUGAGCACGACCUCGACCUGAUUGAGCAAAUGACUGCAAAAGCCCCAGACGGUAGACUCCUCGUGCUUCGAACAGAGAAGCUGGGGAGGACGGUGGGGAUGUACACCGGGCACUCAGAGACUCAGUUCCUCCAGGUCAGAGCGGAGCAUUACCGGGUCGUUAUCACGGCAGUGUUUAAUCUUGAUAAUGUGCCGCGAACAAAGCUAGUCUCGCUGGGUUACUGUGAGCCAUCUCUAGCGGGAGAUGAAGCGGGCUACUUAUUCCGGGUGCACAGCUCUGGAAAACUUCUCAGACACGCUGAUGGGAGUCUGGCCAUCAUGGAGCUUCACUUCGGGCCGCACGACUGUCACAUCAUCACCAGAUACCCAGUCCGCCGGUUUCAGCAGACUGAUGUGGCUGUCUUGGGACUGUUAGGAAAGAUGACGGGGGCUGCUGCUGUGAUGGCAACAACGUAUAAAGUUCUGCCGGAAACAUCAGAAAUCCAGGCAGAUCUUGAGUUGAAGGCGCUGGGGAAUCUAGGCCUCUACGUGUCUGCCAACAGCCGCCCGCUCUUCGGUCCGGUGAAGGUGAUUGUCGGCGGCGGCCCAAUGGCCAAAGUCGAGCCUUUAGGAUUGGACCCAUUUAUCCUCGAGUUUGACCUGGAAGGACUGUGGCCGGAAGAGAACCGUUGUGGGAAGGGUAACUCACAGGUGUUGGUCACAGUGAUUGUGCCACUGCUUUAAUGUGCACGCUGUGGACAUGAAAAAUAGAGAUUGGAUACAUUAGGUUCUUCAAAAGAAGCCCGCAUUCCAAUUUUCAAAGUUGAGAUGUAAAAGUGGAGAAUAGAAACCAUACGUACAUAUUGA